AUGAAUAAUGAUCCGGAAAUUGCCGUUGAAGAGUAUCAAACAGAUACUUUAUACGUAGAACAGGAGAAGGAGGGGCUACUAACUGGAGAGGAAGUGCCAUCCCAAGAAAAUCCAGUUGAG